CCACACGAAGUCGAAGGUGGUUGGUUGUUGUCUCUUUAUGCUUCUAUGCCACUUUUGUGCGCAACAGUCAUUAUAUUGUCAAACUGAAACAGGUGGAUUGAGCUAGAUUGUCCAUGGAUUUUGUCGAUUCUCGAGUUGUGACAUGUAAAUCAACGUUUUGAAAAAUUUCAUCUUUGAAAUACAAAGGAACAUGGAGCACGUCAAUAGUCCGAGCUUUCUUCAAAUGAUUUGGGUGCCGAUAGCUUCCGUAGGAUGGUAUAUCGUGGGACUCGGGAUCAUCGCACUGUACACGUAUCCAUAUAUUCAAGAAAAAUUUAAGAGCUGGAAUAUCGCAAAGAACCAGCGGGAUGUCGCACUCGGGAAGAAGACUGACGAAUUGCCACAGUUAUCGGCUAAUGUAGAAAUGGCGCGACAGAAGAUGCAAGAGGCAUAUGAGAAGAGUCUUGCUUUAGCACAAAUCAAAGAGGAAGAGGAAAAAGAGAAAAAGAGGCAGAAGGUUUUGAAAAUCCUGGAAAAUAAGAAUGUAGGUACAAGACUCGGUGAUGCAACUGAUAAUGAAACUCCUAGUACGAGUUCAAGAUCGACAUCAUUAAAAUCAGGGUAUAAUCCCUUGAUGGGUGACAGCACUCGUGGAUAUCGUCCUCCUAAACGGACUUGUUGUAAAAAGGGUGGAUGUGGUUAACCAUGAUUCUAUAGACUUUCAUGAAAAAGCCAUUCACAUUCUUCCUACUUAACGAUCGUGAAAGUAAGACAGGAAGUAACUAGGGAAUCAAAUAAAUUCCAUUCCUUGAACUAAGGUAUUUUUUACAAAUUAUAAAAAUUAUCAAGAAUUGGUGUAUGUGCAAUUGUUAUAUCAACGUUAAUUCGUAAUGUGUAUAAUAUUCUUAAGCUUUAAUAAAUUAGAAACGAGAUGAAUUUUA